AUGGCCUCCUUGCCUGCUGCGCGUGCCUUCUCGAGGUCCCGUCUGCGGCCGCAUUUGGCGGACGAUGCAGCAGCAGCAACAACAACAGUACUACCAGCAGCAACAGCAGCAGCAGCAGCAACAGCAGCAGCAGCAGCAGCAGAUCGACGGAUUACCCCAUUUGAAUUAAUUUCUCCUCCCUCUCCUCUGCAGCAAGGCAGCAGCAUAGAUACAAAUGAUGGUGCCCCUGGUGGCCUAUUUGUAGGUUUGCUGCUGCUGCUGCUGCGCUGCGGUGUAUUCGCAGCUCUUGUUGCUGCUUAUCCUCCUUUCUUCUCCCCAAAGGACCCAACAGGAGCAGCAACAUGGCUUGCUGCUGUUGCUGCAGUUACUGCAUACUUCCUUGCUGCAAAGACAGACCCUGGGGUGCUGCGGUACUGCCCAUCUUUGCUGCUGCCACCGGAGCAGCAGCAGCAGCUGAAGCGUGGCAGCAGCAGCAGCAGCAGCAGCAGACAGCGUCGCUAUGAAGAACCAGCAGAGAGCAGCUGGGAGAGCAGCACAAGCAACUGCAGCACGAAUGAUCCUUCCUACUACAUUGGGGGUGGGUCCCCAGCAGUAGCAGCAGCAGCAGCAGCAGCAGCAGCAGCAGCAGCAAGAGGGAGGAAGCAAAAAGCAUGGAAUAAGAAUGCCCGUGAUCGUAUGAAGGGGAUAACGCGUUUCUUAGGUAGGGAUAGGAGGGAGUAUAGGACCCAUCAGGUGCUGCGCAGCAGCAACUGCAGCAGCAGCAGCAGCAACAGCAACAGCAGCAGCGACAGCAACAGCAGGUAUGGAGGCAAAAGAAGGGGAGGCAGCAGCAGAAGCAGCAGCAGCAGCAGCAGCAGCUACAGCAGCAGCCGCAACCCACCUAGAAGUAUAAGCACAGCUGCACCACGAUCAGCUGCUGCUCACAGCAGAUACCGCAGCAGCAGCAGCAGCAAGAGCAGCAGCAGCAACUGCAGCAGCAACGACAGCUUAGAUCGUUUCUGCGAAGAAAAUAUGUUCGAAUACCCCACAGACAACAACAACAGCAACAGCAGCAGCAGCAGCAGCAACAUGUACGAGAUCCAGCGCAGCAGGGUCAACCACAACAGCAGCAACAGCAACAGCAGCAGCAGCAGCAGCAGCAGCAGAACGCCCUUCCCAGGCGAUCGGAGGGAGGUGCAGCUGUUGCACCAGGAACAGAAGAACGAGAUGCAGCUGCAGCUGCAGCAGCAGCACGAACUGCAGCAGCAGCAGCAGCACGAACUGCAGCAGCAGCAGCAGCAGCAGCGUCUCUUCAGGCAGGAGCAGCCGUUGGGUGCGAUGUUGGCAGCAAGCUCAAGCGACGAAGACAUUUCCUUGGCGCCGCAGCAACAGCAGCAGCAGCAGCAGCAGCAACAGCAACAGCAUGAAUUGCAACAGCAGCAGCAGCAACAGCAACAGUAUAAGCUGCAGCUGCUGCAGCAGGAACAACAGCAGCAGCAACAGCAGCAGCAUCAGCAGCAGGAGUACGAGCGCCCUCUGCCGGUCGUUCCUCGUAGCCCAGCCAAUGUGGGGCACAUGCCACUGCAGCAGCAGCAGCAGCAACAGCAACAGCAGCAGGAGGAGGAGGAACCGCAGUUACACCGGCGACACCACUACCACCAGCAGCAGCAGCAGCAGCAAGGUUCUCUUGCUGCUUCCCUGUACGGUAUGCAUCGAGUUCCUGCUGCUGCUGCUGCUGCUGAGGGACUGCAGGCAGCAUCGCUGCGGCAGGUGUACCUGAGCUGCAACAAGGUGCUGCGCUGCAACAGCAGCAUGAGCAGCAGCAGCAGGAUACACCGCAGCAGGAGGGGCUACCUGCCAGCAUCCAUGCGGCAUCCAGCUGAGAGCAGCAGCAACAGCAGCAGCAGGGCCAGCAGCAUCGGAGGCAGCAACACGGACGACAGCAGCAGCAGCAGCAACAGCAGCAGCAGAAGGAGCAGCCCGCGUACUCAUGAUUGGGUAGCACAAGCAGGCACCAUCAGCUCUGUAGGUGCAUCCCAUUUAAAGCAGCCGACUGCAGCAGCAGCAGCAGCUGCAGCAGCAGCAGCAGCAGCAGCAGCAGAUACAGCGCAAAUGGAGGCUCGUAGGAAACUACGGGAAGAGAAGAAACGCCAGCGACGAGCAGCAGCAGCAACAGCAGUAGCAGCAGAAGGAACAGCAGCAGCAGCAGCAAUGCAGAAUGUUACGAUUCGCAUUAUUCAAGGUGACGAAGGUGGUGGUGCAGCAGCAGCUGCUGCAGCAGCAACAGCAGCAGCAGCACGAUCAAGCGAUGCAGAAGAAGCACAGCAACAGCAAGAACAGCAGCAGCAGCAGCAGCAGCAGGAGAUGCUGGAGCUAAGCGAAGUAGGGCAUCCUGAGUCUGCUGUAGUGCAGAUAUCGCCCUCAGCAGCAGCAGACUCAGCAGAAGCAGCAGCAGCAGCAGAAUCAACAGCAGCAGCAGCUGCUGCUGCUGCACUCCCUUUCUCCGUAAGCAGCAGCAGCAGCAGCAGGCCCAACCGCAGCAGCAGCAGCAACAGCAGCAGCAGCAGCAGCCCCAGCAGCAGCAGCAGCAGCAAUGCAUGCAAAUUUGU